UGAUUAGGUUAGAUCAAGGAUGUUUUUAGUGUAGAUCAAUCUCAAGCCUUGCUAGUAGAGUGUUCUUAUUGCCUCUUUCGAUUUGAUCAUUCGAAAGUUGUUCUCUAGACAUUUCCCACCCAAAAGGUGUUUGUUGAAAUGUCUGAGACAACUCUGCUAGGCCCUUAAUGCAUCUUGCCAAAGACAUUUGUUGUUAAGAGUGUUAGGAUAGCUAAUAAACCUGUUCUUACUGAUUGCUUUCAUAUCAUUCAGCCAAAGAGAUUUGAUGUUUGAGAUGUGUUAGCAAAUGAGCAUUCAUCUAGAUAUAGAGCUUGCUUAGGAUCGUGUUUAGGCUUAAGGUCGUAUGUUUGUUUCAUCAUUUUGUCAUCCUUGUUUGAUACUUGAUCACCCGAAAUCAUGUUCCUGUGCCCAUGAGUUCUCUUUUAUCAUAUUUAAGCAAGUCAUUCAUUUACUGCUUUUUAUUUCUAUCUUGUCAUCAUAGUAGUUACUUGAUUCUGAAAUCAUUUUAAAUCAUUUGUUGCAUUUAGAUUAAGUAAGUGCUUGCAUUCUUAGUGCUUGAAAUCCCUCAGAACUGGUUCGACAUUUUACUUCCACAUUACUAUCAUUUGACUUAGGAGCCUCAAAACUCCUAACAUCAGCGUUCCUCUCAGUCGAGAGACUGGCGUUCCUCGAGAAAGUCUACUACAUAAAAGACUAUCUAAGUAAAAAAAACCUUUUAAUCUUUCUUAUUGUCUUUCCCUUUCAUCUUGAUAUAAACUAUGACAUUAAGAAAGCAUCGAGCGGGAAAGCCUUCACAUAUUAUAAUGAAAGAGACUAUCGGAGAAGGUCCCACUCUGCUUGCGCCCGCUAGCUGACGACGAAGAAAAGCAUGCUCCUCUUCCGCCCUUGGCCGACGGGAACCUUCAGGGCCAAAUCAAUGAAGCUGAAAAUAACCAACAAAGGAUGAAUCUCAGACCCAAGAAUGUGCCUCCAGUUGAAUGGCGUAAAUUUGUGAAGCUAAAGACAAGCCAAGAAUUCAAGGUUCUGAGUGAUAGCUACAAGGAGAGGAGACGCAAACAGAUUCCUCACACUUGUAGUCGAAAGGGAAUGGUUCGACUAGCAGAAGAAAUGAAAAAUAGUUCUGAAGACCCAUCUGAAGUGUCAAGACUUAAAGUCUGGGUGAAGUCACGUACAAGAAAAGAUGGAACUUCUAUAAACACUAAUGCCGCUGAGAAGAUUCAAAAGGCUGCUGAGAUUGCUAUCGGUGCUAAGCAGACUGGUAAAAACGAAGAUGAAGACACACUCAUCCAGGUUUUAGGACCUGAUAAUCCUGGUCGUAUGAGAGCAAUGGGGAGAAAUGUCAGUAAGACAAAAUUAGCUUGCUUCAAUGUCAACCACAAGUCUAUUUCUGAAAUGCAAGAGAAGCAAUUGCAUCUCCAGAAAAAGGUUAACGAGUUACAGUCUGAACUUGCGAAAGUUAAAAACCAGAGAGAAGACAAUGAGGUUGGGGAAAACUCGGCUGCUAGAAGUGUGAACAAGAUAUCCCAGAAGAGGUGUCUUUUGAUUGAUUGGGCUGAUGAAGAAGGGAACGUUGGUGAAGGCCGUAUCCUCUCUUCUGACCCAAAUGACAUAGUCAAUGACAGUCGCUUAGGCCCUUCGGAUCUUAAAGUCUUGGUUGAAACUGCUACUGAACCAGAAGCAUUCCUCUGGCGACCUGCGAGUAACAUGUGCACAAUUAAGGAAGCAGUGGGUCAUAUUAUUGCAUGGCCAAAGAAUAAAUGUGUGGAACUAGGUCUGGGGCUUGAUCCAGAAGACAUUGCACCACUGGGCUCUAGAGCAACUUCUCUCAACAAAUGCAAACUACUGGAUUUGUCUGAUGAUGAUGGCGUUGUGGGUGAAGGGCGUUGGCAGACAAAAGAAGCAAAAGCAUUGGUCAAUGGACUUCCUCUCGGACCUAAAGCGGUAAAAGUUUUCCUGGAUGUUGUACAUGAGCAGGGAACAUAUUUAUGGAGGCCUACGAUGGAUCUUGCAUACCUCGAGGACUGCGUACACUCUUUUAUAUCAUGGCCUGUUCGGAAAGUUGUCUUUGACAAUCCACCAGAAGCAACAUCACAACAAUCUCCUACUCCAAAAACCGUCUCUUCAGUAGGAAGAGAAACAUGUAUCAAAAAUACAUCUGUUGGUUCUAAAUCUGUAGCAACAACAUCAACUCCUACUGAGGAGUCUCCACCAUCUGAUCAGCAUGGAUCUCAACCAAUCAAGCAGAAUCAGAAGUGCAAACUGAUGGACCUUGGUGAGAGGAAACAAGUAGUAGCUGAAGGUCGUGUGCAUUCAACAGACCCAUCUCAAAUGGUCCACUUUGUGCGCUUGGGUCCGAAAGCGGCUAGAGUGUGGGUAGAUGCUGUGAUAGUCGAUGAUGCAGAAGUCUGGAGGAAGACAGAUGAAAUCGAGUGUUUGAAAGAUGCACAUGGUUCAUCGAUUGCAUGGCCACUUGAAAAAUUGGUCAUAUUCUAGAUACUGCUGCAGGGGGAUGAACAACUUAGGUCCAGACUUGGCUUGUUUUAAGCUUAGACAAAUGAAGUUAAUGUAUGAUAUUAUUUCUUGUCUUUUGUAUCUGUUUUCAAACGGCAUCAGUAACUCUUGUGUAAUGACUUAUGUAAUGACUUAUGUAUGUGGAACCUAUUUUAUGAAUGAAUUUGUUUCGUUAUGGAUU